AUGGACCGACUUAAUGGUUCUGCCAAUCUAAUGAUAGUGUCAGAUCUUGAUUGCACAAUGGUAGACCAUGAUGAUCCAGAAAAUCUUGCUCUUCUCAGGUUCAAUGCGCUGUGGGAAGCUUAUUAUCGUCAUGAUUCUCUGCUAGUUUUCUCCACCGGUAGAUCGCCUACUAUUUAUGGAGAGUUAAGAAAACAAAAACCUUUGUUGACUCCUGAUAUAACAAUAAUGUCUGUGGGUACUGAGAUAACAUAUGGUGAAUCCAUGGUACCUGAUGAUGGCUGGAAACAAUAUCUGGAUCAUAAGUGGGACAGAGACGUAGUUCUGGAGGAAACAGCCAAGUUUCCUGAACUAACUAUGCAAUCAGAAACAGAACAACGGCCUCACAAGGUCAGCUUUUAUUUGGAUAAAGGGAAGGCCCCUUAUGUCAUCAAAGCUCUCUCAAUAUGUUUGGAGAAACAUGGGUUAGAUGUGAAAAUAAUUUAUAGCAAUGGUAUUGCUUUGGAUGUAUUACCCCAAGCUGCUGGAAAAGGAAGGGCCCUUGCUUUUCUAUUAGAAAAACUGAAUGCUGAUGGACUUGGGCCACACAACACUCUUGUUUGUGGUGACUCUGGAAAUGAUGCUGAACUGUUCACUGUUCCUGAAGUUAAUGGGGUCUUGGUUCCAAUGCACAGGAAGAAUUGCUUCAAUGGUAUGCAGAAAAUGCAAGGGGAAAUCCCCAAAUAA